AUGAACUCAUCCAAAACGCGCCGGAAAGUCGUCGUAGCUUCGGCGGAGAAUGGGGACUCUGGCGACAAGCUCGACCAGCUCCUCCUAUCCUCCGCCAUAUCCAACGGAGAAGACUUAUCGCCUUUCAUCCGCAAAACCUUCGCCUCGGGUAAGCCCGAAACCCUACUCCACCACCUCCGUCAUUUCUGCAGAUCCAAAGAGGCUGAGAUCGAAGAAGUGUGCAAGGUUCAUUAUCAGGACUUCAUAAUGGCUGUCGAUGACCUCCGUUCUCUUCUUUCCGGCGUCGAAUCGCUUAAAUCAUCCAUCUCCAAUUCAAACUACCAGUUACAGUCUGUUGCCGGUCCUCUCUUAACAUCUCUCGAUUCUUUCAUAGAAGCGAGAAAUAAGUGCCAAAACAUAUCCCUUGCGAUCGAAUCUCUUCGAAUUUGUGUCCGAUUAAUGGAGCUUUGCUCGCGGGUGAAUUUUCAUCUAUCGAAGAAUAACUUUUACAUGGCGUUGAAGUGUAUUGACUCGAUCGAGAGAGACUUUAUACAAAAGACGCCGUCGUCCACGCUCCGGAGGAUGCUCGAGAAGAACAUCCCUGCGAUCCGAGCGCACAUCGAACGGAGAAUCAGCAAAGAGUUUGGAGAUUGGCUUGUUGAGAUCCGUACAGUUAGUCGGAACUUGGGGCAAGUUGCUAUCGGACAAGCGUCGGCCGGUAGACAGAGAGAAGAAGAAUUACGGAUCAGGCAACGGCAAGCCGAGGAGCAGAGUCGCCUCAGCGUGAGGGACACUGUUUAUGCUCUCGAAGAAGACGACGACGACGGUUACUCUAUAGGAAACGAAGGCAACGAUGUUUAUGGGAACGGCGGUAAUGUUAAUGACGCUCUAGGUUUUGAUCUGACUUCAUUGUAUAGAUCCUACCAUAUCCAUCAAACUCUCGGGCUUGAGGAUGGAUUCAAAAAGUAUUACUUCGAAAACCGGAAACUUCAAUUAACUUCGGAUUUCCAGGUAUCUUCCAUGACACCUUUUUUAGAAUCUCAUCAGACGUUUUUCGCUCAGAUAGCCGGAUUUUUCAUAGUUGAAGAUCGCGUUUUAAGGACCGGGGGUGGAUUGAUAACGAAAAUGGAAGUAGAAAAUCUGUGGGACACUGCUGUUAGCAAAAUGUGUUCUGUGUUAGAAGAUCAAUUUUCUAGAAUGCGAACAGCCAAUCAUUUGUUACUGAUCAAGGAUUAUGUGAGUUUGCUUGGUGUUACUCUGCGGAGGUAUGGAUACUCAGUUGAUGCUUUGCUUGAUGUGUUAAACAAGCACAGGGAUAAGUACCAUGAGUUAUUGCUAUCAGAUUGUCGGAAACAAAUUGCUGAAGCUGUUGCUGCAGAUAAGUUUGAACAGAUGUGGAUGAACAAAGAGUACGAGUAUUCCAUGAACGUUCUUUCUUUCCAGAUACAAACUUCUGACAUUGUACCAGCAUUUCCUUACAUUGCUCCAUUUUCAUCCACUGUGCCUGAUUGUUGUCGAAUCGUGAGGUCCUUCAUCGAAGAUUCUGUUAGCUUCAUGUCUCAUGGUGGACAGCUUGAUUUCUAUGAUGUUGUGAAGAAAUACUUAGAUCGGCUUCUGACUGAAGUCCUGGAUGAUGCUCUUCUCAAGCUUAUUAGCAGUUCAAUCAGUGGGGUGAAUCAAGCCAUGGUUGUUGCAGCUAACAUGGCUGUUCUUGAACGAGCCUGUGAUUUCUUCUUCCGCCAUGCUGCAAAGCUUUCUGGGAUCCCUCUUAGGAUGGUGGAAAGGAGUAGGCGGCAGUUUCCCCUGACAAAAGCACGUGAUGCAGCUGAAGAAAUGCUGUGCAGUUUGCUUAAAAAGAAAGUUGAUGGUUUCAUGACAUUGAUUGAGAACGUGAAUUGGAUGAUUGAUGAGGCACCUCAGAGUGAAAACGAAUAUGUGAAUGAGGUGAUCAUUUUUCUGGAAACACUUCUUUCCACUGCACAACAGAUAUUACCUGGUCAGGUUCUGAAACGAGUGUUACAAGAUGUUCUUUCCCACAUCUCGGAAACGAUUGUUAACUUUUUAGUUGGUGAAUCUGUGAAGAGGUUCAGUUUGAAUGCUGUGAUGGGGAUUGAUCUGGAUAUAAAGUUGUUGGAAUCAUUUGCUGAAAACCAAGCUUCUCUUGUAUCUGAAGAAGAAGCUAAUCAGCUGAAGAAAGCACUUGUUGAGGCAAGGCAAUUAGUUAACUUGCUUCUCAGUAAUAACCCAGAGAAUUUUUUGAAUCCGAUUCCCAGGUGUCGCUUGAAGAGAUCUCAAAGGAGUGGUGUUAGUGCAAAAGAUGGUUCCGAGAAAUUCAUAUUUGUUGGUUGUGGUUGUGGUUGUGUGAUUAAUUUUGUUUCUUGGACUAGUCCCAGUAUAAAAAUGCGCUCAUUAAUAGGUUUCGAGACAGAAACGCAAGGAGUUGAUGAGACGAAGAUGAGGUCAGAUCUUCUCUGGCGGAUUACCAGUUCAUCUCCUCCGCCAACUCGCUUUCUUCUUCUAUCAUCAUUCUUCCUGCUUCUCCACUUAAUUUCCUCCGCUGCCUCCGAUACGCCUACAGCAUACGAUGAGCUAUUGGAGUACGAUUUUCCGGUUGGCCUUCUUCCGAAAGGCGUCACAGGCUACGAUCUGAACAAAGCGACUGGAGAGUUCAAGGCGUACAUGAAAGAGACCUGUUCUUUCAAAAUUCAGGGCUACGAUAUCAAGUACAAGUCAACGAUUAGCGGCGUGAUAGAGAAAGGGAAGCUGAAAAAUCUUAAGGGGAUAAACGUCAAAAUACUGGUGGUGUGGUUGAACAUCGUGGAGGUGACUCAUGUCGGCGAUCAAAUCAAUUUCUCAGUCGGAAUCCUAGCGGCCGGAUUUGAGGUGAGUAAUUUUCUGGAAUCACCACAGUGUGGUUGUGGAUUUGAUUGUAAUGAUAUGGUUUCGGGUUCGGAUCACAAGUUUUUGAUGUCUUCCUAA